AUGCAAUAGAUUGAAGAGUUCAUAGUGGCAAAAGGCAGAUGGCAAAAUCGGCAAACGAACAAGGUUUGGCACCAUCAACCACAUUCAUCCAGGCAGAUAAAACCAGCUUCCGAGAACUUGUUCAACGAUUAACCGGUUCUACCACCGAUUGCGAUCGUCAAUCAACCACUUUACCUCCUACCAUUGAAGGGGCAACUGUGAAGGUCACAGGUGUCAAGAGACCCAAAUCCAGUCUCCAUGAGAGGCGGCAACAUACAAAGUCUAGGCUGGAGAUAGUAAAACCCGGUUUAUCUGAGUCCAUGGACCGGGUUUUCUCUCUUUCCAAAUCUGGUAACUUUGCUAUCACUACAAGCCCUUUGGGCACUCCAUCUAAGGCUUUAUUAAACCUUUCUAUCUCUACUGAAGAAGAAGAAGAAGAAGAGGAGAAAGCCAUCAGAGAAAGAAGGUUUUAUUUACAUCCUUCUCCCCGUUCUAAACCAGGAAAUGUUGAACCGGAAUUACUUCCCUUGUUUCCCACUCACAUCUCCUAA